GUGGUUUUGUGUGUGUGUGUGUGUGUGUGUGUGUUUGAGUGGGUGGGGGUCUACAGCAGAGUAUAAAAGGUCCUCCCCUUCUGCUCAUCUCUACUGUUGUCCUGUAUUUGAGUGUGUGUGUGUGUGCAUUUGAGAGACCAGACAGAGACCAUGAAGCGCUGCGCGUUGCUGUCACUCUUGCUGGUGGCAGGGUGUGUGUACGUCCACGCCGCGCCCGUCGAGCAGGGCGGCAUGGAGGCCGGGUCGUGCCAGGACGCGGCGGCACUGGGCGCAGCUGAGGAGGCGCUCACCAAGCUCAACGAGGACCGGCUGGAGGGCUACAUCCUCAGCCUGCACCGGCUCUCCAACGUCCACACGGUCCAACACGGAGAGACAGGUGUAGUCUACUACCUUACUCUGGAUGUUGUGGAGACUCAGUGCCAUGUUCUCAGCAGGAACGAGUGGAAGAAGUGCACGGCUCGAACAGACGACGACACACCGGUUUAUGGACAGUGCAAGGUUGCCAUCUACAUCAACAAGCCGCACAGAGUGGUGCGUCUCUACAAAUACAACUGUGCCAUCAGACCAGCUCCAGCGGCAAGAAUAUCAGCUGCGUGUCCAGACUGUCCAUCCCUUACUGCCACGGACAAUGAAGAGAUCGUGAAGACCGUCACCCAGUCCCUGGAGAAGUACAACAAAGAGAAUGGACUGACCAAUUACUUUGCUCUGCUCAAAACCACCCGCGCAAGCAUGCAGAUGGGCAUGGGAACAUUUUACCACGUGGAGUACACCAUCCAGGAGACCACCUGUACCAAGAGCAGUGACCCAGCAACGAUCGCAAACUGCCCUCAUAUGGAGUGCGAGUUUGCACACAAAGGCUUUUGUAAGGCUACCCACUCAAUCGCCUUCGGUAAUGAUGAAGUCAGCGUAGAGUGUGAGAUCUAUGAGCCGGAGGCUGCUGAGAAGGAGAAGAAGCUCCACGAGCUGGGCACAGACCACAGCCACAACGACACACACGCACACAACCACGACCACACAACCGACCAAGGCCACGACCACGUGCACGACCACACCAAGAGCCACGGGCAACACGACCAGACCCACACGCACAACGACAACAGCAAACACCACCAUACACACGACCACCACGCGGGCAGCGCUCACAGGCACGCUCACGACCACUCGCACGACCACGGCCACGGCCACGACCACGUGCACGCGCACCACGCCAAGGCGCACGACCACACCGACGACUCUCCCAACCACCACCACAACUAUGGCCACGACGCUACUGUGCACACCCACGAGCAUGACCACGAGCUCGCCCUGGACCACGAUCACAAGCACGCUCACCUGCACGAGCACGAGCACCACCACCAUCACCACGAGCACGUGCAUGAGACCACCCCGCACGACGAUCCAGAGGGCACGGUGAGGAUGCUGCCUGCCAUGGGCCAGCCCAUGACCCUGCCCGCCUUCCCCGAUGAGCCGGCUGCGGGCCCCGAGGCGGGAGUCACCCUGCCCCUCGUCCCCGACCCCCAGAUCCCCGAGCUGAAGGAGCCCACCAUCGUCCCCUUCCCCAAAGGCCUCUCAGCUGAUUGUCCUGUCCCAGAGGCAGGAGACACCCUGGUGGGGAAGCUCUUCUCCGAGGACGCCGAGUUCAAGGUGGCUGCGUAAGGGGAGCCACGGGAACUAAACUGUUGUUAAAAAUGCACGCUUACAAAUCUGGUGAAGCGAUAAAAGCUCAGCAGGAGGUGAUAUCAACAGGUGUCUGAUAUGCCACGAGUUCCCCGUCCUCCUCCUCCCCCUCCUCCUUCACACAUGAUCUGGUUGCUACAGACGUAUCACAAGAAAAUAUCCUGCACCACUUUUGCUUUUCCAGUCAUUUGUUUAAAUAACAAAUCUUUAGCUAGGGAAGACAAGGAAGAACAAAUUUUUAUAUGCAGUGACAGCCUUGCAACAAGCUCCAAUUUAGCUGAAACUGGAACAGAGGGGGAAGGAAAUUGGAAUAAAACCAAUGAAAUGGGAAUUCCCUUUUUCCAAUCCCCAGUGACCAUGAAACUGUAAAAUUACUCACUUUAUUAAACCAUGUGACGGCUGUAACGUCCCCAUGACUUUAUCAGCCUCUCAGUUGAGAUCCUGUUCCUGUUUUUAUAAGUCUGGAUAUACAAAGUGACAACCAUUUAAAAGUUCCAAUAAUUUCCAUGUUCAUUUGGCAUUUACUGUAUGUUUGGCUGCACAAAAUAAUAAAGGACUGCAAAUUCA